UGGUCGAGAAAAGUUUACAACUUCCGCGAUAAAAAGUUAAGGGUUUAACGCCCAUAAAAGGCGAUUCAAUGGCAGAGAGAAAAUUUAGACAACAUAUUCUCAAAAGAGGGGAUGCAGCUAAAAUCCGAGAUGAAGUUGCCCAGGAGAUGCGAGAGAACAUUAUUCAAGCACGUCCAAAAGCCGUUGAUCCUGUUGAUUACGAAACCUAUGUGACAAAGAAUAAAACGAUUCUACACAAUGAUCCUCAGAGAGAAAUGCUCACAUUCCCAUAUGAUGACAUUAUUAUUCCACCACCUUCACCACCAAAGAAGAUGCGAACAUUACAUUCGACAGUACCACCUACUGCCACACAAGAAGCCACCAACCUGUUGGUACGAGAAUGUAUAAAGUCAUACACAGAUAGCUGUCAUGUUGUCAAGUAUAAAUAUGAACAGUACUCAGGAGGAUACCAGAAACUUCUUAAAUUAAAGACACCUGAAGCCUUACCUGAACAUGUGUUUGAAAUUGAUGCAGAAGUGGAAGAGAAAGAAAAGGAUGAGGACUCUAUCAGUAGACAAAUGGUAGAUGUGGUUACAAAAGAAGGUUGGUUAUACAAAGGUCCUGAAAGUGGCAAAGAAAACGUCAUCAGUUUUACCAAGCAAUUCAAGAGGAGAUAUUUUGUGUUAAAACAACAAACAGACAUGACCUAUAUUCUUGAGUUCUUUAAAGAUGAGAAAAUGAUAGAGGCAAAAGGAUCAAUAUUUUUAGAGCUAGCAGAAGAAGCAAUUAAAAAUCCAAAGAAGGGAAAAUAUUCAUUUGAAAUAAAGAUGCAAGGAAGAGCACCAUAUUUGUUGUCAGCAGAUAAUGAGUCUGAGGCAUCUGAUUGGAUACGUACAAUAAAUAGAAUCAUUAACCUAGCUGAAACUGCAUCACAAAUAUCAAUGGAACAAGCCAAAGAAGAACCUACUCUUGACAAGGCAGAAGCUAAAGUAGAAUACAGUAUGCAUCCCGAGUUACAAAAGUAUUCCAGAGAAACAGAAUCAAUGGUUACAUCAGCAAGAGGGAAAGACAGACAAAAUCUUUUCAAGGUUUAUCCUAAUUUAAAUAGACAUUGUUUAACAGAAGAUACUGAUUCUGAAGAUGAACAAGACGUUGAUGUGUUUCCUAGAGAAUUUGGUGAACGUUUUCUGCUUGGGUUGUUGGAUUUUAAGACAAAAUUACAAAUAAAUCAGCUUGAUGAAAACAUUGGUAAACAAAGUAAAAGUUCAAAUCCUGAACCUUUCUUUCUGACUUUUGCACUUUAUGAUGCUAAAGAUGGAAGGAAGAUAUCUGAAGAUUUCCAUAUUGAUCCAAAUGAUCCAGAAAUUCUGGGAAUGAUUCCAACUGAAGUCCUUCAUGCAGCAGACAAGCUACAUAGUGUUGAAGGAAAGAAAACAUCACCACCACUAAAUGGUCUGGAUGAGAACUGGUUAAAGUCAAAGAAAAGACAGGGUAUAUUUUCUGUGGUCAGUUGUCAUUCAGAGGUGUAUCUCGUUAUUACUGUAGAGAAGGUCCUACAGGGACCUAUAGGACCAGCUAUAGAAACCUACAUAAAGGCUUUGGAAGGCAAAAAUGGUACAAAGCAAUAUAAACAGAUGAAGCAAUGUUGUUCACAUAUAGGUCAUCACAGGAUGCCAUUUGCAUGGGCAGCAUGUCAAGUUCUAUCUAGAGAAUAUGGACCAAGAAACCUGUCUUUGUACAGAUAUGAUGGAAACAAGAUUUCUGAGGAUGACCUCAUUAAACAUUUACAAGAUUUUAGAAAACCAGAAAAGCAGUCAAAAUUACAAGAAAUACCUGGCAAUAUAAAGAUAACAAUGAAAAUGCUGACGUCAGAGGAAAUAUUACAGAAGAAGUGGUUUUCAGGAACAGGUACAUUAACUUCAUCCUUCAUUCCCAUAAAACCAUUCCCUAAUCCCCCUGUAGAGCCUCCAGCUUUUGAAGUAGAUGAGUUUGUUCCAGAGAGAGCAUCUCUAUGUGACACAUAUGAUUCCUACAUCAACAAUAUCUAUGUUUAUCCAUGUAGCCUCAAGUUCGAACAUCAGAAAUCUUUUACAAAGGCAAGAAAUAUUGCCUGUUGCAUGGAACUGAGAGACAGUGAUUCCGAUAGUGCUGUUGCCUUAAAGUAUAUAUAUGGCAGACCAGAAGUAGGAUUAUUUACAUCAGUAGCUAGUACUACAGUCAUUCAUCAUAGUACAUCACCUGAUUAUAAUGAAGAGGUAAAAAUUGUAUUACCAAUCCAAAUCCAUGACAGACACCAUAUAUUGUUCAGAUUUUAUCAUGUCAGUUGUGAGGGGUCAAGGUCCAGUGUGAGGAGUUCCACGUCAGGAAAGAAACGUGAUAACAUAGAAAGUGCUGUAGGAACAACUUGGUUACCUCUAUUACACCAAGGAAAAGUUGUGAAUGGAGAAAUGAGUAUUCCAGUGGCUGCCAAUCUUCCACCUGGUUACUUGUCUUACAGAAUACUAGAACCAGGCAGGGGAUCAGUACCAGAUAUAAAAUGGGUUGAUGGUGCUAAGCAAAUUUUUAAGGUCAAAGUUCAUGUCAGAUCCACUGUGUAUACAACGGAUCAACAUCUUCAUAACUUCUUCUUCCACUGUCAGAAGUUAGAGAAUUCUGCUAAUGGUGCUGACUCAGAGAUAGUCAAUAAGUUAAAGUCCCUUCAUGCCAUAGACUGUAGUGUGUAUGUAAAAUUCUUGCCUACAUUGUUGAAUCAGCUGUUUAAUCUACUGUCCAAGUCACUUGGGGAAGACAUUUCUUUUAAUACUGUCAAGGUAUUGAUUCACAUUGUUUCUGAAGUACAUGAUGCUGACAAGUCUGAUGCUUUGAAGAAUUAUGUCAAGUAUGUGUUCAAACCAGAUCCUGUAAGAAAAGGAACAGGGCAAAAGGCAGUCCAUGAAGAACUAUCACAGUUCUUGACAAGUUUACUUAGGCCUGCAACAGGGGAUCAUGUAGUUACUACAAAAUUUCUCAAACAUUCCUGGUUUUUCUUUCAAAUUUUAGUGAAAAGUAUGACGAUUUAUCUGAUAGAUUCUGAUCGUGUCAAAAUGCCAAGGAAUGAAAGAUUUACUAGUGAUUGUCAGUUCAGGAUACAAACGUUACUGCAGACAGUCACCCCUCAUAUCAUUCAGAAACACAAGGAAAUGGGACGGGAAACAAAAAAUGCUAAUCAGAGUAUAGCAAGCUUUAUGAAGAUGUGUUUUACUUUGAUGGAUAGAGGAUUUGUGUUCCAGAUGAUACAUAAAUAUAUAGAAAACUUUGGUCCUGGAGAUGCUAAGACCUUAUUUGAAUUUAAAUAUGAGUUCUUGACAAGAGUUUGCUCCCAUGAACACUAUAUUCCUCUCUCAUUACCAAUGAUGAGGAAGGGUAUGAUCAAAACAUUUAAAGAAAUAAAAAUGGAAGAUUUGAAGUGUGAUUACACCCUAUCAGAUGAAUAUAGGAAAAACCAUUACUUAGCAGGACUUUUGUUGCAUGAGCUUAAAAUGGCACUGAAUGAACCACGGGACAUACGAAGAAUUGCAAUACUGAUGUUACGGAACCAGUUAGCAAAACACGCAUUUGAUGACAGAUAUACCUCCAAGUCACAGCAAGGAAGAAUAGCAGCACUAUAUCUACCAAUCAUAUCCAUCCUUAUGGAACAUAAAAGACACCUGGUGGAUGAACCGGGCAAUCCUAAAGUAGUAGCUCCACCUCCUCCUCAGCCUAUUCACAUGGUCAAUGGUGAUUCGGCAGUACUGCGGCGUGACAGUCGACCUGGAACACCACAGACAUCACACAAAUCUGUGACCUUUGACACCACACCACUCAGGGACUCCAAAGUGUUCGCUCUGAUUGCUGGAAAUACAGGAACACCAACACUCAGUCUUCCAGAUGGACAAGGUUUAAAUGGAAGUACAGGUUCACUUGCCAGAAGUGGGACAUCUUCUGAUGAAGACACUGGUAAAGAAAAGAAACAUAAAAGAUCUCCAUCCAGUUCUAAUGUAUCUAAUACUGGAGCAAUACCAACAAGCUACUUAUAUAAAUAUCAGAAGUUAGACAUCAUUGAAAUCAAGGAUUUAUUAUUAUGUUUUAUUUCUGUUAUAAAACAUCUACCUGAAGAUAUACUUCUUGGCUGGUUCAACAAUUCAUCAGAAUUUGACAUCAUAGAUUUCUUUGGCAUUUUAGAGACAUGUUUGCAUCAUUUCAAGUAUCAGGGUAGAAAGAAGAUACAUGAUCUCAGCAUUAUAGGGGACAGCAGAAAAGCCUUGACCAUGCCUAAUAGUAGACGAUCUAUGCCUAGUAUAAUACCUGUAGGAGGGAGCAUGAAUGCACGGACAUACAGCCAGUAUAGUGAUCUAGAUUCUGAGUCUGGUACUUUGCCCUCACAUGCACCAUCAACAGUCUCCUCAUCAGAAGCAGAUGCAUUAAUCAAAGCUUUACAGGAGGCUAACAUGUCAACAGAGGUUGGACUUGCAGUCUUAGAUAUACUUAGUCUAUACUGUAACUUUUUCAAGAAAAAUUUAGAGUACAAGGAUGGUGACAACAGCUUGAUGCAGAGAGUAUUUGAUCUCCAUCUCUACUUCUUACAGCAUAGCCAAUCAGAAACAUUACAGAAACAUGUGUUUGCUGCAUUAAGGCAGUUUAUCAGAAAGUUUGAGAAUGUUCUGUACCGUGGCAAUGCAAAGCUUUGUGGAGACCUUUGUUAUGAAAUACUGCGUAGUUGUAACUCCAAGCUUUACUCCACAAGGAAGGAGGCCUGUGCUUUACUCUAUUUACUGAUGAGACAGAACUUUGAACAUACUAAAAAGAAAAGUGUUAUUAGAGUGCAUUUACAGGUUAUAAUAUCUGUUAAUAAACUUAUUGGUAAUGUUGUUGGUCUAAGUAAUUCACAUCUACAAGAAAGUUUGGCUAUGAUCAACAGUUAUGCCUCAAGUGACAGACAAAUGCAGAGACGUAAUAAACAAAAGAUGGACAGAAAAUCAAAGAAAAAGAAAGUUAAAAGUGAGAAAAGUGGAUUUCCAGCAGAGGUGAAAGAUUUAACCAAAAAAAUUAGGACUGUGUUAAUGGCCACAGCUCAGAUGAAGGAACAUGAAAAAGAUCCAGAAAUGUUAAUAGAUUUACAGUAUAGCUUGGCAAAGUCCUACGACAGUACUCCAGAAUUACGUAAAACAUGGCUGGACUCUAUGGCAAAAAUACACUUAAAACAUAGGGAUUAUUCUGAAGAAGCACAUUGUUUUAUACAUAUAGCGGCAUUGAUAGCAGAAUAUUUAAAGAGAAGAGGAAAGUUAAAGUCCAGAUGUUUCCCCCAAGGUUGUGCUGCCUUCAAAUUAAUAUCUCCGAAUGUAGAGAAGGAAGAAAGUGGCAUUAAAGAUGAUUCAGGGAUGCAAGAUGUUCAGUAUACAGAGGAGACUAUGGUAGAAUAUUUAGAGAAGGCUUCAAGAUCAUUAGAGGUUGCAGAAAGAUAUGAGAUGUUAGGAGAAAUCUACAAAUUAGUUAUACCUAUCUAUGAGUUCCAUAGAGAUUAUGAGAGACUAUCCUCCUGUUACACUAGUUUAUCCCAAGCCUAUACCAAGGCAGGCGAGGUUGUACAAUCUGGUAAAAGAUUACUAGGCAAAUACUUCAGAGUUGGAUUUUAUGGGUCUUACUUUGAUGAUGAAGAUGGUAAAGAAUAUAUCUACAAAGAACCAAAAGUCACCAGUUUACCGGAGAUAUGUGAAAGACUUAGUAAUAUCUAUGGUGAAAAGUAUGGCAAAGAAAUUAUAAAACUUAUUCAAGAUUCAAAAAAGGUUGAUCCAAAUCAAUUAGAUAGCAGAUACUGUCACAUACAAGUCACACAUGUCACACCAUACUUCGAUGAACGAGAACUUCAGAGAAGACUUACAGAUUAUGAAAGGAAUAAUAAUAUUAGAAAAUUUAUGUUUGAAACACCAUUCACAAAGGAUGGCAAAGCACAUGGUGAAAUUGACAAGCAAUAUAAAAGAAGAACAGUAUUAACAACCACUCAUAGUUUUCCUUAUGUUAAAAAGAGAAUAGACAUUAUUGAAAGGAAAGAUUUUGAAUUAAGUCCCAUUGAAGUAGCUAUAGAUCAGAUGCAGACUAAAGUUGCAGAAAUGAGGGAGGUUGUCAACAUGUCACAUCCAGAUCUCAAAAGGUUACAGCUUAAGUUACAGGGCAGUGUCAGUGCACAGGUGAAUGCAGGUCCUCUGGCAUUUGCUGAAGCAUUUAUCAGUAAAGGCAAAAAUUUUCCUGAAAGUAAAGUAGAAAUGUUAAAGGAAGUGUUUAGGGAUUUUGUUUAUGUAUGUAAUGAUGCUGUAGAUCUCAAUGGAACAUUGGUUACAACAGAACAGAAAGAAUAUCAUGAAUCAUUAAAUCAAGGCUUCCAAGAUAUAGUCUUAAAAUUAAAUGAUAUGUUUGGAGAAAAGCUUCAGACUAAUUGAGAUUUUAAAAAUAGAUGGUGGUGGAACAUUGUCCAGACAAGGUUCACAGGCAGUGUUAAACAUUAACUCAUCUAGUGCUGGUGCUAGUUCAGCUUAAUCUACAGCCAUUUGUUUUAGUCUUGUUAUAAUUACAAAUCAAAAUUAGUUGAACACAGGAAUUUGUUCAGAGUCCUCAAACAGACAGUAACUAUGAUUCCAUUGUUUCUUAAUAGCCAGUGUUACUUUGUGUGCUACCUCAGUUCUCCAAAACAUUUUGAUAUGUGUUAGACAAAUAGUUUUAUAUAAAGCUGUUGGCUUUCAAUGUGUUAUGUGAACAUUUGCAUUUAAUGCCUUUUGAUACAUUGUAUAUGUUAUGUGUCAAACAAGCUAAGAAAAAAGAAGUGCCAUGUUAACUAAUGAAAGUACUGUAAUCAUGUUUGAUAUGUGUUAUCUCCCCUUAUUUAUAAAGAGACUUAUUACUGUCAUUCACUGAAUACGAAUUCUUAACUUAUUAUCAUUUUGUCUGUUGCUUUGGAUGUUAAGACAUUUCAAUAGAUAAUAUCAUUUGAAAGAACUUUACAAAUGAGCUCUCCAGUUGUUUACCUUUGUUUUUAACUAUGGUAAACAGCUGAUUACUUUCUAAGCAUUAUAUUUCAUACCGAUAAGAAUUUAGGUUUUUUUUCAUUGUCAGUGUAACUUGAAUAAGAAGAUGAUUAACACACACACUUUGAGGUCUUGAAAUGGAAUUUUUUAAUUUCGGGACCAAUCUUUAAAUUUAAAAAUAAAAACAAUUUAAGUUUAGGUCAAGAUUGAAGAUGGGAUUUUUUCACCAUCUUAAAGGAAAAUGAAAGAUACUCAUUAACCUUUAUUUGAACUUUUUAUACGUUUCAACAAUGAUUUUCAGUGAAAAUUUAUGGUAGGGUCUGAUUAUAAAGGAAGUCAUUUUUGAAAAGAUUACAGAGUAAUUUAAAAUUAUUACCCCAUAGGUUUGUAUUGAUCAAAUAAUAAAUAAAAUAUAUAUAUAUGUUUAUUGCAAUAUUCUAUAUCCUUUUUUGAAUAAAAACAUUUAUGUUAACAUUAGAAUGUUUUAUUGCCUUAUUAAUUGAAGGUCACAAGGGAUGAUAAAUAAUGCAAAUAUUUAUAUUCCGAGUUGUAUGUUACUUUUGAACAAAGUUACAUUUUAACAAAUUAAAAUGUCUUAUCCAGUUAUGAUUUUGAGCAUUUUUGGAUAAAUAACUUGUUCAAUGACACAUAUAGCCUUAUUUACAGAUGUAAAAGUAUGAUAACUUCCUCUGGUUGCCUUUUUUGUUGUCAGUUCUAUGCAUAAUAUGUUACCGACCAAACCGGUUUAAUGUUUUUUGUUUAUAUAAGCUAUUCUGUGAUAAGUAAUCCCCCCUUUUUUUAUUUCAGUUUAUGCAAACAAUUUACUUAGAAUCAGGAUAUGAUUACAAUAUGCAUUAAUUGCUUUUAUGUAAGUAAUAGUUUGACAUGAUGAGGCAUUAUCUUGAUUUACUAAAAUUGAUUUGUCCUGUCUUGUUUGAAAAAAACUUCAUCUUAUAUUGAUUUUGCUUUUCAUACAUACAUGCCUACACAUAUGUAAAUUUUUAUCAGUUUGUUUGCUGUGCUAAUAUCACAACUAGAAAGAUAAAAAAUCACAGAUUUUUCAUAUUUGUAUGCUUUAAUUACGAUUAAGAUUCCCUUUUUUAAAUGACGUUUAACCCAGAUUGCCCAUGGUACUUAAGUUGCCCUUUUUAUAAAAAAAAAGACAUUGGAAAAAAUGUGACAAAAUAAAUUGGAAAUGUGUAUUUUCUACAAUAAAUCAUUAAAAGGAUUGGGUUUAAGUCUGGUGUAUAACAAUAAUUGAUUAUGCAGCUAUCACUUUAAAGUACUAUAACAUUCAAAAUAUAAUGUGUUGAAAGAUUCAUAUUUUGAUGAAUGGUUGUACGAUGAUACUAAAAGUCAUCAUUGUUAAUAUCAAUAGAUUUCUAAAUUCAAAUAUUCCUAUUCAGGAAUCUCUGACAUGCAAUAUAGCUGCAAGUGUUCAGAAAAUUGAGUUUCAUGCAAUUUUUUGGAAACUACUUUUCAAAUUACUUGACUAAUCUGACCUGGUAAUCUUGAUUGACUAUUCCAGAUCCGUUUAUGGUAAUAAAAGGUUUCAUUGUGUAAGAUCCAGCCUUUAUCAUUUUCUUUCAUUUCAUACAAUGUGAUUGUUUAGAAAUAUGACAAGUAAACAUGUUUAUCAAUAAGAAUAAAGUAUUUAAGUAUUUAACUUAAUAUAUAGCAAGAUAUACUUACUUAUGUUCAUAACAUGUUUCUUUACAACUUUCCCAAAGGUGAUUUUUUUUUAUUUUAUUUUUUAUUUCAAAAGUUUAGAAUUUUUAGUGUAAAGAAUGAUUAGAAGGUAUUUUUUCUUACAAAAGUUCUAUGCCGAUCAACUCAUGCACAUGUUGUUUUUGACACUAGUGAAUACCAAAUUAAUCUAAAUCAAACGUGUUAAUUUUGACUUAUCAACCACCAUUGUUGUUAAAUAAUGCUAUUGGUAUGGAUGUUGUAUGCUGAGGUGUGUAGAGAUGUGGAUUUGAGGUAAUUUAGAAAGGGUAAGAUAUAUUCUAGUAAAGAAAUAAUAUAGAUAUAUAUGGAUUUCAUCAAACUUUUGUUAUAUUUCUUUUAUUUAUGGGGACUUUUCAUAUGGAUGGAAAGGAAUGAAACAGAAAGUUCAAAAUCGACAUGAUAAUAAGAAAAAAACUUGUAUCCUGAAAUUAAUAUUGCAUAUUCAAAAUAAUGAUAUAAUUAUAACGUCAGUUUUUGAAUAUACACUUUUACAAAUAAACAAGAAUAUGUUUAAUUUUAGACAGAAUGAUUUAAUGUAUAAUGUGUAAUUUGUUAUGUAUAAAUUAUUACUAUAUUGUGUACCAGUGUUCAUAGUCUAGCUAUAUAUUUACAUGUGCUUUAUGUGUACACUUUAUGUGUGUGAGUUAGUGUGUGUACACUAUAAUUUAGAUGCCUAAGCAGAUCUGAAUCUAAUAUUGAAUUUGUUAUUAUUUGUUAUAAAAUGCAAUAAAGAUUAUAACCACUA